AUGAGGCAGCGGGUUCAAAGGAGUAAAACCCUACCUGAAAGUCCAACCACCGUCAAAAGUCCAAACGAUACAACAGAAAUAACUCAUGUUUCAGAUAGUGAAGAAGAAUACUCUUACUUACAACCACCACCACCAACACCACAAUCAUCAUCAACUUAUCAAACUAAUUUUAAUUUAGGUAGUGAUUCACAACUAAACAAUGCAUCACAAUUGAGUAAUGAUAAUUUCCAUAACAUUGAUUUUGCAGCUAAUGAAAAUGAACUAAAAUCAACACAACAAUAUUUACAAACUCAAGAAUUUUAUAGUUCACAUCCAUUAGUAAAAGAAGAAAUGAUUGAGAUAUCAGAUGAUGAAUAUGAUUCUUCAAGUAUAAGAGAUGGAGAAGUUGAAGAAAUUUCAAAUUUUGAAAUUAAGCAACCAAAAUCAAGUUCAUCUUGUCCAACUGCAAAUCAAUUAUUACUGGGAAGUUCAAAUGAAACAGAAUCUUUAGAUAAAGCAGAAGUUUUGAAAAAUGUUAUUCUACCGGAUAUAAAAUUUAAUGAAGAUGAAAUUAUUGAUUGUUCCUCACAAAAUGGAGAAAUCAAAACUGAAUUGGGUAUUAAACAUGAAUUUGAUGAAUUAAUUGAUCAAAAAUUUAAAAUUACCAAUGAAAUAAAAUGUAAAUUUGAGUUGGCUAAUGGAAAAAGUAACUUAAAAGCUACUUUAUUGAAAAUCGAAGAAUUUGAUGAUAAUCAAUUUGAUUCAAAAAAUUACUUAAAAGAUCGAGUUAGAGUUGACAAUACUAUAAAAGUUGAGCUGGAAUUAACUGAUGUCGUUAAACCGAAAAAAUUAGUCGAUCUAUUGACUUCUGGAAAAUAUGAUAAAUUUGGGGAUUUAUAUGAUGAUUUAAAUAAAUUGGAAGAAUCAAGGGAAAAGAAUCAUCGAUUUAGAGGUAAAGAAGCUCCUGAAGAAAAAAAAGAUGUACAUAAAGAAUUAACAAAAUUGGAAAAUUUACCUGAAGUAUCAACUACCAAAGAGUUUGAUUUGCAAAAACCACCUGAAAAAACUACUAAAAAAGUCAAUUUGCAUGAAAUUGUUGAAUCAAGACCUACUUCAAGAACUGGAUCAAAUAAAUCAUUAGAAUCAACUAAUUCAAGUAAAUCAAAAGAUUCGGUAUUUUCACGUAAUAAACCGGUGAAUAAUCCUCCUUUAGAUGUGAUUGACAACAAUUCAAAAGUAAUUGAUCUGGAAUUAAUUGCACAAUCAAAAAAUUUACAAGUAUUUGAGCUGGUAUCAAUUACUGAAUCAACUAAUGAACAACCAAAAUCUUCACCACCAAAAACUUCAACAUCAAAAAUUUCACCACCAAAAGAUCAAGAAAAUCAAACACAUUUACAACCAACUUUGAAAAGAAAAAGAUUACAAUCAAAACCUUUAUCAGAAAUUGUUAGUAAUAAUAAAAGAUCAAGAGUUGGAUUAUCAAAACGAGUUAAAAUUGAUCAUUUACAUGAUAAUAUUAAACCACGCUCUUAA